GACGGACAGGAAGUAGCUCUCCAGAGAAGACACAUUUCAAGCAGUCUGAGGGAAAAUGGGAGAGCAGCCUGUCCGAGUCCUGGUGUGCGGGGACGUUCAGGGCCAGUUCAACGCUCUGUUCAGUCGUGUCCAGACCAUCCAGAAGAAGACGGGACAGUUUGACCUGCUGCUGUGUGUGGGGGAGUUUUUUGGAUCGACACCAGAGGCGGAGGCCGAGUGGCAGCAGUUUAAAACAGGAGCGAAGAAAGCUCCCGUCCAUACGUACGUCCUGGGAGCCGCCAGUCCGGACACGGAGACCUGGUUUGAGAAAGCAGACGGAUGUGAGCUGGCGGAGAACAUCACGUAUCUGGGUCGGCGUGGCGUGUUCACGGGUGUGUCAGGACUUCAGAUCGCCUACGUGAGCGGUCGGGAGGCCCAGCGGGACCCGGCCCCGGCUCACUGCUUCACCCGGGAGGACCUGUCGGCCCUGGUGACCCCGCUGACCGGCGGGUCCCGGUUCCGGGGCGUGGACGUCCUGCUGACGUCGCAGUGGCCCCGGGGAGUGUGGCGCUUCGGGAACAACCCGGAAGUCGACACCAAGUCCUGUGGGAGCGGCGCCAUCGCUCACCUGGCAGACAGACUCAAACCGCGGUACCACUUCUCGGCACUAGAGGGCGUCCACUACGAGAGACUCCCCUACAGGAACCACGUCGUUCUCCAAGAAAACGCUCAGCACGUCAGUCGCUUCAUCGCCCUGGCAACGGUCAACAACCCCGCCAAGAAGAAGUAUCUCUACGCCUUCAACAUCGUCCCCAUGAAGACCCUGGACCCCUCGGAGCUGGUCAGGCAGCCGCAGGACGUCACCGAAAACCCCUACAGGCGGACGGACGGCGCGGACAACAGGAAGACGUCCUUCGGCGCCGCGGCAGACGACGAGGAGCCCGCCGGCCAGUUCUUCUUCGACCUGGGCGGCCGGCGGGGCGGCGGCAAGAGGCCGGACCAGGACGGACGGCGUCCGGACCGCCGGCGGGACGGACAGCUGCCGCCCAAGCAGCCGCGCAGACACCCUCAGCCCACUGGUCCCUGCUGGUUCUGCCUGGCCAGCCCUCAGGUGGAAAAACACCUGGUCGUCAGCAUCGGAUCAAAUUGUUACCUGGCCGUGGCCAAAGGCGGCUUGACGCCGCUGCACGUCCUCAUCCUCCCCAUCGGACACUACCAGUCGGUGGUGGAACUCGGCUCAGAGGUGGUGCAGGAGAUGGACAAGUACAAGUCGGCCCUGAAGAACUUCUACAAGAGCAAAGGCCAGCGCUGCGUGGUGUUCGAGAGGAACUACCGGAGCCAGCAUCUGCAGCUGCAGGUGGUCCCGGUGCCGCUGGACCGCUGCUCCACCGAGGACAUCAAGGAGGCCUUCAUGGUCCAGGCUGAGGAGCAGCAGAUGGAGCUGAUGGAGAUCCCUGAACACAGCGACCUCAAGCAGAUCGCCCCUCCAGGAACACCGUACUUCUACGUGGAGCUGGACUCCGGGGAGAAACUCUUCCACCGCAUCAGGAAGCAUUUCCCUCUGCAGUUUGGGAGGGAGGUUCUGGCCAGCGAAGCCUUGCUGAACGUUCCGUCUCGAGCCGACUGGAAGGAGUGUAAACAGAGCAGAGAGGAAGAAGAGCAGAGCUGCAAACAGCUGCGGGACGAUUUCCAGCCGUUCGACUUCACCUGGGAUGACUAACCCCCCCCCCCCC